AUGUUCCAGGUGUUCGGCCCCCGGUGGCCCCGCGGGCCCCAGAUGUUCGUGCCCGCCCCGCUGAGGAGGAAGUACCCCGCCAUCGACUGCCUGGAGGGGCUCACCUGGAGCCUCUUCUUCCAGGAGGGCGAGCGGAGGAGGGCCCCCGACUACGUCCCCGAGAACAGCCUCCACCGGCCGGUGUGGCUCCAGGAGGACCCGGAGAACCCGGAGAACCCGGAGAACCCGGAGAACCCGGGGGUUGAAGCCUCCAUGAAGCACAUCAGGACCAUCCAGGAUCUCCUGGUGGAGAUCCGGCACCACGCCAGGGAGGAGGCGGACUCCGACCAGCUCUACGUCCUCAACGAGUGCAUCUACAGAGUCCAGAGGGAGAACCUGAGCGUGACCCUGGUGGGCAGGUUCAUGCUGAACGGCAGCUUGGCGGAGGCGGAGGCCUUCCGGCGUGCGUUCGGCGCCCAGCGGGCGGAGUCCUCCCUCCUGGAUCUGCGCGGCGGCCUGAAGGCCUCCGGGUUCCCGGACUUCUGCCGGCAGACCUUCCAGCUCCAGCAGUGCAGCUGGAACUGCGAGCGCUGGGGGCGCUACUUCCUGGCCGCCGUUUUGUCGGCCUCCGCGCGAAACUUCCGCGUGUUUUCCCUCUUCCUCAUGAGCGUGAUCGGGUGCGAGGUCGGCCGUUUGCGGGGCGCCGAGGGCCCGUUAUGCACCGCCUUCGUGGGGGAAAACCACCCCAUGGAGACCGGAAGUGAACCGCCCCCCCCACUCCCAACGGCGCCCGGGGGGCGGGGCUUCUACGGCUGCACGCUGGAGGAUUACGAGGGGGCGGAGCCAGGCCGGAGAAGAUGGCUGGAAAAGCUCCUGCAGAAGGAGAACGCCCUGUACGUCCAGGCCCGGGCGGCCAUGGACGCCGAGGGCCACGCCCAGCACACCGAGCUGGACGUGUUCGGCCGGAUAAAGGUCAUGAACAAGUACGUGUUCUCGUCCUACCUGGAGUUUUUCCGGGGCACGCCGGAGGGGAGGAAGCUGAAGAGAGGCUGCGCCCCCCAGUUCCCCGACCAGGAGGGGGCGCCCUUUGAGGCCUGA